AUGGAUGUUUUCACUCAUUAUUCUGAUUCAAACCCGAUUGGGUCAAGAAGUUUUUGGUCAGUUUUUGAUGAGAAAGAGUAUUCUUACUAUCCUGUUCUUUCAGAUAGUAGCAUUGCUAGCACUGUUACUACUGCAGUUCCACCGGCAAGUUUUUCUGACGAGGAAGUUAUGUUAGCUUCGAGGAAUCCAAAGAAGAGGGCAGGAAGAAAGAAGUUUAGGGAAACAAGGCAUCCGGUGUAUAGAGGAGUGAGGAGGAGGAAUUCAGGGAAGUGGGUUUGUGAAGUUAGAGAGCCUAAUAAGAAAUCAAGAAUUUGGUUAGGGACUUUCCCAACUGCUGAAAUGGCUGCUAGAGCACAUGAUGUUGCUGCUUUGUCAUUGAGGGGUAGGUCUGCUUGCUUGAAUUUUGCAGAUUCUGCUUGGAGGUUGCCAGUUCCAGCUUCCAGUGAAACCAAGGAUAUCCAGAAGGCUGCAGCUGAGGCAGCCGAGGCUUUCCGGCCGGAGGAGUGUGUCGGACGUGAGUUAAUGAGGAGGGGAAAUGACAGGGAGAUGGUGGCGGAGACGGCUGCAGGGGCGGCGGAGGAGAUGUUUUAUAUCGAUGAUGAGGAAAUUUUUGGAAUGCCAGGGUUGCUGGCUAAUAUGGCAGAAGGGAUGUUACUGCCACCACCUAAUUGUGGUGCUGGUGGAGAUAGUUGGGAUAACUUGGAAACUAUUGAUGCUGAUAUGUCAUUAUGGAUUCUACACAAAAUCCUCCUAUACACAAUUCAUGCACCACUUGAGUCUCUUGUUAGACCUCCGGCUCCUGCCAGAUGCAGAUUGCCCUUUGAAGCAUCAUUGGUAUUAAGCGCCCCAUCAGCCACAUUAAACAAUCCCCCACAAAGAAGUCAGGAUCAUUUUGUGUGGAAGGAGGAAGCUCCAAACCAGUUCAGCAAUGGCGCACUCCAGCAGAUCAUGAAGAGAGUCUUCCCUAGUUGUUUCGUUUUAUUUUUCCUGUUGAACCAUGGAAAGCAGUUUUUUGACCAUUUGGUAUAUAACACAAAUGCAGCUUCUUGUUCACGCUAG